CGCGGCGGCGUCAGAAGAAAAGUGUGCAUUGGUUAAGAAAGAACCCCGUGGAAAUUAAGGACAACGAGGUAGAAUCCAACCGCGGGAGAUGUGCAGUAAAUAAAACCGACUUCUCGCGAGAUUAUUCCGAGGUGCUCUUUAAUUCAGAUGUGGUAAAAGGACUCGUGGCAAAGCAGGAAUGUCUCAAGAAGAGGACGUCGGAUUUUUGUAUAAAACUAUGAUCGAACGUGAUCCUAAAAAGAGGAGAGUGAAGCCUGUUGAAUCUGCGCAACAAUCGUUAUUAGAUUUUGACCUGGGUGAGAGCUCGGAUGAUAGCGACUUUCGGAUCGAAGACCACUGUGAAGAAUCGGACGAUGAUUCUGUAGAUUCAAACGAUGUUGGAAAGGACGAGGAAGAUGAAUCUAACGAAUCGGAUGACUCUUUGGAUGAUCCAUUACUCAGGGGAAAGGAUAAUUCCGGGGCGACUAUAGGCGAUGUAAUCGAACAAGCUCGUCAGCAAGCUGCAAGAGGCGGGUCUCUUGAUGAUAAGCUUAUGAAAAUGCUCAUCUGUUGCGGUUGUUUGGGCGACCGAAGUGAUGAUAUCAAUGAAAUUGUAGAAUGCGAUGGAUGUGGGGUCACUGUACACGAAGGCUGCUAUGGAGUGUCCGAUGUUGAAAGUUUUUCAAGCACUGACUCCCUGUGUCAAUCCGCACCAUGGUUCUGUGAAGCCUGUAGUGCAGGCAUCGAAGAUCCAUCGUGUGAACUCUGUCCCAAUAAAGGUGGAAUAUUUAAAGAGACUGACGUUGGGAAAUGGGUUCAUUUGGUGUGUGCUCUAUAUGUUCCAGGAGUUGCGUUUGGAGAGGUGGAUCGACUGGCCAGUGUCACGCUGUUCGAAAUGGCAUAUAGUAAAUGGGGAGCUAAGACUUGUUCUCUAUGCGAAGAUGCACGGUAUGCUCGUACUGGAGUAUGUAUCGAAUGUGAUGCUGGAAUGUGCCAUACAUAUUUUCACGUUACUUGUGCCCAGAGGGAAGGUCUCUUGUCAGAAGCACAUAGCGAGGAAGUGGACCAAGCCGAUCCAUUUUAUGCACAUUGCAAGUUACAUUCAGACAAGACUUUAGUACGUCGACGUAGACGCAAUUGGCUGGCUUUACAGCUACGUGCCCAGUAUCGUCAACAAUUGCUGAAGCAACCUGACCACUUAGACACAGAAGAGCAACGCAGGAUUCAACGAAAACUUGCAAAGCAUCGACAUAAAUACUUGGCUCAUAAGGCAUCGAGACCACCUCCUUGGGUCCCAACUCAGAAGAUGCCUCGCCUAUUGACAACCUCAGCCUCCGCUUGUCGACAAUUAGCAAAAAAGGCUGAACUAAUGGGAGUUGACACUGCCGCUUUAGAAGCACAAGAAGCACAACUAGUCGCAUUGGUCGAUGUACGAAAAAAGUGGCAUAUUCCUCCUGCAUUUAGUGUGGAAUUCAUCGGUUACUACUUGGACCGCAACCUCCGAGUGAUAUCGAUGAAGCGGAAGCUUCAAGAACUCCUAGAUGUUAAUUCACAACUACUUAAUGAGCAACAGAGACUUGAUAGAAAAUACGACGAAGUAAUGAAAGACAACGAGGAACAAAUUCGAAUUAACGUGACAUUGAAGGAAAAAAUUGAGAUGUAUCAUCAGGUACUUAGAGCCGCAGGCUACGUGAAGCCUCUACCGCUGGUAACGGAUAUUGCCAAACCAAGGAUACCGCCAACCCUUGGUACGGGGCUAGGGGUACCCACAGCAGCAGCUUUAAAAAUGGGAGUAGGUUUCCCAUUGCCGGUAGGAAAAGGUGGCGAAGGAGUACGCGAAGGUAGAGUCUUGAGCAGCCAAGCUCAAGAUCAAAAUCAUAAAGGGGAACUUGCCCUGAGACAUCAGUGUGGUAUCUGUCGGAGAUCUACCAAUCAACAUCUUCUUGCAAAGUGCGAUACCUGCCACUUGCAUUAUCAUCUCUCUUGUCUCAGUCCACCCCUUUCGCGGAUGCCUAAAAAGACAAAACUCAUGGGCUGGCAAUGCUCCGAAUGUGAUAAGGAAUCCUCUGGUUCAGAAGUGGAGCACGUUGAUACGUCUGCACCGCGUAGACUGAGACACUGUAAGGAUGAUUCAAAUCUAACUUCAACCCCACCUCAAGAAAUGCAAGCUCCCACUGCCCUCAACACUCCAACGACGUCAAAGAAUUCCAUUGAAAUCAAUGACGUAUCUCAUAUUGUAACUGCCGAUACACCAACUACACCGAAGUUGACGAUAAAGCCUUUGGGACCACUGCCACCAGUGCAGGAGUCGGUGCUUACUGGAGGAACCACCAUAAUUACUCAAACUAUGAAUAAUUUGCCCAUUGUUCCAAGAGAAGGCUCUCCAGAGUAUAUGGUAGCUUCAGUCGAUGGCACGGAAUCUGUUUCGCAGAGAAGUGGAAAGAAAAGGAGAAGGGAGAAGCACAAGAGAUACACUCCCGAUCCGAUAACAGGUGUUAAACAGAGAAAGAGGAAACAUAAAAGAAAGAGCCUCGAUGUUGAAAACCCCGAAGGGCAGUGCCAGCCUGAAAUUCAUCGGAGAAUAACUAUUAAGAUAAAGCCAAUUCCCCGACCGGAAGGAGAAGUUGCUUCGGAAUCAAGCCCACAGAUGUUUGUGGCAACUUCGACGAGUACGGAAAUGACACCGCCUCCGCCCAAACUCGCGUCGCCACCUCUUCCUCCUCCACCAGUUAACACGCCAAGCACGCCGAUUAAUGCACCAGGCAGUAGCAACAAUAGUAGACUGUCGUCAGGAAAUGGAAAAAAGGGAAAGGAAGCUGAUCUGUUAACGCAGUGUAGUGUCUGUGAUACUCCUGGGACGAAUCAGAACCUUGUUAGAUGCGAUGAAUGCAAGAAGUGCUACCAUUUUACUUGCCUGGACCCCCCUGUAAAAAAGACUCCCAAAAGGAGAGGUUACUCUUGGCACUGCGCGGACUGCGAUCCUAGUGCCUCCGAAACUGAGAAUUAAUUUCAUCAUUUUUAAAUCUGGAAUGGCAGCACUACAUUUAAUAUAAGUAAGGCAUUGAGUGUCUCGCAUAUUUCUUUGUAAAAAGUAACUGAAGGAUGUUUCCCUUUUGUUGAGAACGUGUAUACAAAAAAUUAGUGUUGUAAAUUCACUUUUUUUAUUAAGUGACAUAAUAAAUUUAAUUCAAACAGA